CAUUUCCACACACACAUUCAAGGAAGGAGUUGAAGACUCUCUUGGCACAGUUCUCAAAGUCAGUGGGCUUUUGUGAGAAUUUACUAAGUCUUGGUGUUCCAAAUAGCAAAAGGUGUAAAUCUUGCAAAACAAAGAGAAAACUUUACUCAAGUGAUUCUGAUUUAGGACCAACAGCACCGGAAGCUAAAAGACAGAAAACAGAUCCUAUUGUUGUGAAAGAGCUUAAAGUUGUCAUACAAAAGCUACCUGAUGAGGUUGUGAAUCAGUAUCUUCAUAGGACCAUUACUCCUAAGAAGAAAGAAGUAUACCUWAAGGGGAGAAAGGUUAUGGUUAUAAUGCCUGAAUCAAAGUACUUGAAGACUCCAGAAAAGGAACUUUUCAGCGGCGUCCCAUCAAUAACAGAAUACCCAAUAGAGGAAGGCGGUGAAAACGUUUUCAAUCGCAGUACGACCCCUCCUAUACAAGUUGAACAAGUCAGCUCRUUUCARUUUCCACCUGAAUUYAACGUCGARGAAGAGACACCACCACUAAUGAUCGACGAUGUCAGCAUUGCUSAAGCAUCACUUGCCGAAGACCCGUUAUCAACUCUAUUUUUGAAAGAUAAUAUAGAUACGAGUGGUGUAUCUGAGCUUAUUAAUGACAACGAAUUCACAGAAAGUGUUGAACAGUGUGAGAGGUCUUUGAUGGUGUUUUCUCCAAAGCCGUGGCAAAGUYUUGAGGACGCUGCCCUUUUGUCCAAGCAAGAUUCUGAAAAUAMUGAUGYUGUGGCUGAUAUUACAKCUUCUGCUACGACUACAGUUGCGACUMCCCCUSCUASUACUACUGAUACUUCAAAGAGUCAUUCAAGYGCAGAACCCUCUUCGACAACGGUUACAAGUAGAAACGAAACUGAUUUAUCAGAGACCCCCAAUGACACACAAAGCCAGAUGGAUAUUAUCACUAAAAUAGUGACAGUAGAAAAAUCCACGGAAGUUUUCAUCCAAAACUGUUUGGCUACUUCAUUCAAUUCUGAGAAUCCACUUGAAACGGCAGCAGAGAGAUCAUCUUUUGGGAGUGAUAUYGUUUCAAAUUCUUCCGAAUUAGAUCGUUCUUGUGGAAUAGAAGCCACGUCUUCAACUCCAAUUUCAAAUCCUGUGCUAAGCACAAACCAGACCAARAAAUUGUCCCAUUUUAGUAGGUACGAUUCCAGUUCAAGUUUCAAUCAGGGGUCAAAUUUUGAUGAACCUUCUCAUUGCCCUYCCUCGUCUACUUCAAGAAAUCCAAACAAUCUUAUGGCAGCAAAGGAAGUGCCAAUUCAAGACAGUCAGCCUUUGGCAGUUCCUGGAACGAGCAUUGUUCUUACGUCAGCAAGUCCCUUGCCUGUACAGACUGCGACAGCAAGACAAUAUUCGGGUCAAUAUGCAUCGAAUUCUUUAUCGGAACUGGCAACCAUGGCAAAUAGGUUCAAUAGUUCGAUGCCGCUUACAACCACACCGACCCUGUUCAACACAACAAAUUCAUAUAGAAACCAGUAUCAACCUGCAGCCUUUCCGCAAUACCAGCCGAUGAACCCAAUUUUAAAUCAGUCUCCUCAGAACCUUGCCUUACAAUCGGCCCAUCAAGCGUAUCAGGCUUAUUCACACCUAAAUACAGCUUUUGCUCAAAUGAAUGUACCUUCAGCAGCAUUUGGAGAUAAUUCCACAUAUUUAAGCAAUGGAAGUACAUCAAUAACUCAAAGCAGACUACCUCCAUCUGCACAUGGAGGUCAGUCCGCUUUUUUUAGCAAUUCAGGACCAGCUCCAAAUCGUCCGCCGGUACCCAUGGGAACCGGACAAGGAGGAGCAGUUGUUCAGAACACACGUGAAGCUCCUGGAUUUACUGGAAGCUUUAACAAGUUUAAUCAGUCCUAUACUGCAGACAAAGGAACAUUAGGGCAAAGCACUAUGAGGAACUCUACACCUGCUACUCAUGGGGCAAGUGGGUUUUGGUACCAGAAUUCUUUACCCAGAGGGAGCAGCGUACCUAUACAAGCGCCAGCAUCAACAACAGCAUCUUUGAGCAACUCUACUCACGCAUUGUUAAAUCGUAUGCCGAAUCGCUUUUGGCGACCGCUUUCACUUGGAGCUGCGCCUCAACAGCUUGGAAACCAGGUUACGUGGUACCCUCCCACAGGACCUCGUAUCUCAGAACCAUCACAACUCGCUAGUGGUGCUCCCCAAUCAGUCUUUCAUCAACCAUAYACAAUKCAGCAAGCMAAUUGGAGUUCGCAUCCUGAGUACACUUCCGUUACAAGUUCCGAARCCGCACAGGUAGUGAGUGGAUUCUCACAACAAACAAACGCAAGACCUGUUAAUGUAGUAACACCACAGCCAACUUGUAACGCACCAACACCGACUUCAAACGUAGUUAAGAGUACUAAUGGUAACUCAACGUCCAAUGGUUCUCAAUACAGUAGAAAAGAACUUCCCAAUAAAUCAAACAUUAGUAACAGAAAAGAAGUGUCCAAUACGAUGCCUACUUCUCAGAGUACUUCAUUUCAAAAACUAACCGCUGCUUCUGUCCCAACCGAGCMGUCUCUAAAAGUUGCAGGGAGACCAGACAAAGAGACGCCUCUGUUCACUAUAGCUGUCUCAGAUGCUCUUUCAGUGGCGUGUAGUGAAAGAAAUACAGUUCCUGAUAUCCAAAGUGCCUCCUCGCAAUCCCAAUCAAGUAUUAAAAACCUAUUAAAACGUCCACCAACCUCUACUGGUUCUAUUUCAAAAACACCAUCUCAGAAAGGUUCACUUAAAACAAGCAAAACACCUCAGUCWUCUCARAAAGUACCAUCUAUGGYCAACAGAAGUUUUGCAGCACAUACAUCGCAAUGGCCAGGUUCACUGUCCAUGUCAAAAGAUAAGUACAAAGAACAGAGUAAUACCAAAACAUCGAGUACUGGCUCACUUGAUGCUAUUCCCAAACGUCCAAUAUUAUCGAUUCAACAGGACCUAAGCAGUAAACGCAGUAGGAGUGACACAAGUCCCCAUAAUUCACCAGAUACUGUCUCGCAAGAUGUACCACCCCUUCCUGGUCAAAGUUUUGUUUUGUCCACCUCAWGGGACCUAGAUGCAUCAACGACUUGUUCRUCAMAGGCAGCCAAAGAAAUUGCUAAACCCCCGAAUGAAAUUGAAAAGGACCGCAGSUCUUCUUUGCUGAUUUCAAACGAGAAAAUGUCUACCAACACACCGCUACCAAAGUCAGGAAKKGAAGUCGAGACUAAUGUGUCUUCAAAGGAAGAUAACAAUAUGGAAAGUUCUGCARUUACAGGAUCAGGUUGUCAGCAGCCUCCAAAUUCAAGAAAAGAACUACAAACUUCCUUGCAAUCAAAUUUAGGAGCGCUUCUUACUGUUCUGACUCAUUGUGAACCGUCUAGAAUUGAAGAUGUUAAGAGGCUUCUUAUGUCACUCCUAAAAAAAAUCAAAUCAAAAUCGCCCAUCACUAAUGCUGAAGUCACUGCCAUGACUGAAGCUGUUGGGCCUGUGGUGAAAGAAAGCGAAGCAUUCAAAAAAUUGUUGGGAGGACUUUCACUUUUAUCGUCCAUGAAUAUAGUCAGUCAAAUGGGAAARUCAUCAACKAUUCCUGUGACGAAUACUAAUCUGUACUCUCGGCCAAACACUGUCAAUWAUACUCRCGCAGAAAAGAUUUCGAGUGGAUCUAAUUCAGAACAGGGCUCUUCAAGCACUACUGUGACUGAUUCUCUUCCAAACAGCUUAGGCACUUCUAGCUCCCUGCAAACACAUGAUAGCUCAACAAGAAUUCCGUCGUUUACUCCAUCUAAAGAUGUCUCAAGCAGCGUCAGUGUUGAAAAGGACACUCAAAUGUCAACAGUGAUGAAUUCUGUUCAAAACAGUAGUGAAAUAUUGCAGAAACGUGUUCCGAAUACUACUCGAUURGUGUCUUCAAGUAGCGACAAUUUUGAAAAGGGUACAACGCCGACUAACUCAUCCCCGAAAAGUACUCUCGAUGAUGGAAGCCAGCAGAAGAAGGCAUUUCAAAGCCCCGAUAAGACGGAUAGUGUGCCAUCUGAAGUAACGGUGUUGGAAGAGGUCAGUCAACCCGAAAUCAAUCCUUCAAAAGAGCGACAAUCGGAUACUUAUGAAAAAGGAAGUGGAAGCAAUGAAAUGCCAUCGCAAAUGGUACUUCUGGAAGAAGCAGAACAACCUGAACUCAGUCACACUGAUCGCAGUGCUCAAUCAGAACACKUUUCUUCCAAUUUAUCAGAAAGCAAUCCUUCAGAUGUGCCACARUUGGAGGAAAKUGGAAAAGAUAAAGUGUCGACACAAGUGCUAGUUCAGGAUGGAGGAGAUCAACCCAAARUAAGUCCAGUAAUUGAUCAAACUGUUUCAUCUAUUCCUACUGAUGAAUCUGCAAAGGAUCCUCCACAAGAGCCGAAAAKCUGUGAAAUCGCAACUGAAGGCGAGAGCAAGGUGACAAGUGACGAUCAACUGAAAGUUAACCCUGUAAAAGAUGAUAAAGUUUCCCAUGAGAUCUUUGAGGAUUCCUUAUCAAUGAAAAGUCAGCUGCAAGACCAUGUCGACGKUUCUGGAGUUUCUUCUAACAGUGAGACGCUGUCUUCAUCUAAGAAAACGUUCUCCCCCACAAACGAAUGUUUACCUCUUGCGGAGAGUCCCACAACAGCAUCUCAGGAGACUGCGGCAAAAGGUUCAUUUGGGAAAAAAUCUGAUAACUCCAAUUCAARUAACACUAAUGAAAUUUCAACUUCUGGGAAYMAUAUCAUGCGAGCUUCUGUAAACAAAAAGACCGUUGAUAAGACARAYAAACCUAGUACCAUUUUGAAUAGCAAUARAGAAUCAGUAGGUGCAGGCCAGAGCACUUCUCAGAAAGAAAAAUCUUACCGAAAUGCAGACUCGUUAAUAACCARAAAAUCUCCUUCUCGAUAUGCUCAUCAAACGCCUAGUUCAWCAAAACAAGAAAUACCUGUGAGUCAAAGUAGGACAAUUCUGGAAUCACUUAAGUCUGGUGCAAUCCCAUUACACGUUCGUUUCAUGAAAAAACUCCAAGAAAAUAAUAGAGACGAGCAGAAACGAUUCAACGUUGUCUUAAAAGAACUCCUUCGGAAGAUUCGAGCUGAGCUCUCCAUUGAUUUGUCAGACCUCCUAAAGCUKCGUACUACAGCACCGAAGGAGUUGCGGAAAACCAUCGAGUUCAAAGAGCUGAUGGACAUCUUCAGAAAGAGCAUUCCACCUAGUGAUUUCUCAGAUGAAGUAGUAGAUCUCACCUCUGAAGACAGUGACAUCGAUGGGUCUACUGAUUCAACAGUGGAAGUGAAAACAAGCCCACAGGAAAGCUCUUCAAGCGAUCUUUCUCUUUGUGAAAUAGUGAACGUAGUACAGAAUAAAGUUAAAACUGAAUCGUCUCUUGAAGUUUCGGUAGCCAAGGGUGAUACAACACUCUCUUCUGAGACGCAARUUUUGGAAGAUAAGGUUAACAACGUUGAGCCUAUGGAAACAGCUGAGUUGGMAAAGACAAGCGAGCUUCCUGUSARCUUUAGUACUUCAGUGAGUUUGAACACAARUGAUGGGGCUCAAAUUCCUGGAGCUUCUCAUUUAAAUCCAGCUUCGGGUUUUYCAGAUGUUUACAAGAAUGAUGCCACUGCUAUUUCACAAGCAUCUAUGUCUGAUCUUGGCUUGGCUGCAAACACUCCAUCUGAAGUUGAAACUAGCACACCUCAAGUUAAUGCGAUUUCCUCGAGYUAUCCAGUUUCUGGUACUAGUAUUCCUACUGUAAAUGGAUCUUCCUUUGUUCGCAUCUCACGCGAUGAAACAUCUUCCAACGUYGGUAGAAAUACAAGUAUUGAUCCCAUGGUCAUUAAGACAGAAGUCGCUGAGAAAGUCGGUAGCUUGKCUAAGUUUGCAGCGGACUCGAAUUCAAGUACAUGCGCUUUGUCACAUACAGGUUCAAUGCUUUCACCGGUUGUAAAUGAAGAAAGUGAAAAAUCUUUCGGAGCAACAGAAAAUAUUGAGCCAGCAACGUUUGCGGGUAGCUCAAGUAAUCUAUCUGCAAGUCCUUCUGAUUUAAGACUUGGAGAGUCCAAUGCUCCUCAACAAGUAGCGAACACAUCGCAGACAUAUGCUAACCAAGGACCUUAUGGAAAUAUUCUCAUUCCAAAUUCAAAUCAUCAGAAUAGCAUGCAGAGCUUUGGGAAUAUUGGGCCCAAGAACUUAAAUUCAGGCGUAACGAGCAUGCCCAAUAUGAAUKCACUUGCGCAUCMUGGAAAUGCAGCUCCUGCGAUAUUACAGUCAGCGSUACCUGAUAAUAGAUAUUUCACCACACCGUCGGGAACUGAACAUAUCAAUUUGCCAGUCUCGAACCCGAWCCCAACCUUACCAGURAGUUCAAUGAAGAGUAAGAGUGCUGCGCAUUURCCAAAACCGGAGGUCACAAUUUCAUCGUUUCCAGACACCACUGUCUUAAUGUGGGACAUUCGARACACCACCUGCCUGGAAAUGAUCGCCUCGUACCAAAUCUACGCAAUUCAAUUAGAGAGAAAUGAGAUAAUCACUCAGGAUAUAGUGUCGACUAAGACRUGGACACCCUUGGGUGUCAUAAAAUCUUUACCGCCUCCAAUGGCUAUCACACUCACAAAUCUUCGCGAAGGACUGAAAAGUUAUAUCAUCGUUCGUGCAGUUGACAAGAAUGGUCACACGGGGCCUUUYUCAUCGAUCUGUGAAGUUGUGGCCGAGAAAUCAUAAUUCCAGGAAAUUCCUAUCUCUAUAGAUUCUUGUGUUACGGUUACAGAUAAUUAUAGUAUUAUUCUAAGACUCUGUUUACAUGAGAUAGGAUGCCAAUACGUGGUAGGGUUUGCUCUUAUGUUUUCUUUUCCCUGGAGUAUUUAAAAACAAAGCAUUUUGGCCCGACCACUAGGGACUUCCUAACUCAUGUAAACAGGGUCUAAGGAUAUAACUGUUAAUUAAAAUUGUUCAUGAUAUAGGGCGGAGGUUUUUGAAUUUCUUGAAAACAAAGCAUUGUUCCUGUUAACUGCAGCCGCGGCMAAUGCAGCAGUGUCURACCCCUAAGCGUGAUUGACGAUCUAACGUUAUCUAAUCAUCAAACAUCUUCAGGCAUUGAAUGCUUCGCGGACAAAAUCCACCUGAUUUUUGAUGCUUCGUCCAACCAUAAAAAAAACCCAUCCAUUUAAAAGUGAGAAGAAACACCUUUAAACUGCAUCAACAUGUUUGUUGCUCCAUUCAACAACAUCCAACACCUCCAAACAAGGUGACCUAACACCAUCAAACUUUAUCCAACGACAUCCAUUACCAUCAAACAAAAUACAUCAAACUGCAUACAAGAUGUGUGAUGUCUCAUACAACAACAACAUUAAGCACCAUCAAACAUGAUUGAUGCUCUAUACAAUACCACAAACAAAUAAGUUUUUUCGCUGGACGGUACUUUACGGCGAAUCAAAGGAUCAAGCAUGUCUGUUUUGGCGCCUGCGUAGAAUUCAUGAUAUAUAUAUUUAAUGUAAAGAUAUUAUAGGUUUGUUCUUGUUCAGACAACCUCAUCGAUAGAGUCAUAGUUAAUGUGGCGACAAUAAGGGGGGUUAUACUACUCACAAAUACUCAUUUUUGAAUUCAAAGCGAGUAAUCGCUGUUCUAUUUGACAGCAGAACCUCUUGCGCAAAGACCUUACCAAAGACGAAAAUGUUGAGAAAAAAAGCACGAGAAAAUGUUGUAAGUACAAUAGCGCUAGCAAUUUGCAUUUUCCUCAAGUUGAGACUACCACUACAGUAUUCCCAGAAGUUUUGAACCUUGGGUUUUAUGGGGGGGUACAGGGUUAGUUUCAACUCGGGGAAACUGCAAUCUUUCCGCAAGAAAAUCUGCAGUCAUUUAAAGAAACGGUUUUUUCGCUUAUAAUUCGACAAUGGGAGUAUCGUAUGCGUCAUUUUGUGCCUAUUUGAUUGACUACUGCWAUUAUAGUUUUCACUUCGAUAAGACGAUCGCAAGUACACUCGAUAUAUGAUAUAUAUAAUAUUCUAUUUUAAAUAGUGUAUAUUUUUAUGAUUGAUACAUAUAUUUCUUGGAUCAAUAAUAAAGUUCCCUAUUUUUUUUUCUUUGCA